UCCUCUGGGUACUCCGGUUUCAUCCCACAGUCCAAAGACAUGCAACUUAGGCCAAUUGGCAUUCCCAAAAUGCUCAUAGUGAAUAAGUGUGUAUGCAUGAGUGCCCUGCGAUAGAUUGGCACCUUGUCCAGGGUGUACCCUACCUCGUGCCCUAAGUCUCCUGGGAUAGGCUCCAGGGCCCCCCACCCCGUGUAUACAGGAAUAAGCAGUAUAGAUGAUGAGUGAUAUGUAUGUACACACACAGAGGCCCAAAGCUGUAGACAAACUUCAACAGUUUUCCCAGACUUGAAUUGAAAUAUGGCAGCAAUGUGUAUGUUUCCUCUAAAGAUGUCAGUAGUCUCACCAGGUGGCUCAGGAGCCUAAGUCUAGGCACUAAGGUUGUUGAUCUGAGGAUCCGGUUUCCACUCCCUACUCUCCAGCCACUGCAUGCGGUGCCAGUCUCAAGCCUGGUUGGAAAAUGGGAGGGUUGAGUCAGGAAUGGCAUCUGGUAUAAAACUCGUGCCAUGUUGUGUGCGGAUUGGAUGGUUUGCUGUGGCGACCCCUGGUCGGGAGCAGCCGAAAGGAAUGUUAAUCUUGUGGGACGACUGCAGACCGAGUGGCCUACACACGCACCAUGGACCGUUCCCCAAGCGCGAUGGCCAGCAACGUGACCAAUAAGACGGACCCACGUUCGCUGAACUCGCGCGUCUUCAUUGGGAACCUGAACACUAUGCUGGUGACAAAAGCCGACGUGGAGGCCAUCUUCAGCAAGUACGGCAUGAUCGUAGGCUGCUCCGUUCACAAAGGUUUUGCUUUCGUCCAGUUCGCGAACGAGAGGAACGCUCGGGCCGCUGUGUCCGGUGAAGACGGACGCAUGAUCGUCGGACAAGUCCUGGACAUCAAUCUCGCGGGCGAGCCCAAACCUCACCGAUCGAAAACCACCAAACGUCCAGCAGAAGAUAUGUACAGCAGCUCCACCUUUGAGCUGGACUACGAUUUCCAAAGAGAUUACUACGACAGGAUGUAUGCGUACCCGUCCCGCGUGCCCCCUCCUCCCCCGCCCCUCUCUCGAGCCGUCAUCCCUUCCAAGCGAGCGCGGGUCAGUUUGAGCGGAGGAGGAAGCCGACGCACCAAAUCCAGCUUCUCCUCUUCCUCCAAAAGCAGCCAGCGCUCUUCGUCGCGAGCCAUUAAAGCAGACGACAUUCAGACCAUAAAGAAAGAACUGGCUCAGAUCAAACACAAAGUGGAUUAUCUCCUGGAGAGUUUAGAGCGCAUGGAGAAAGAUCACAGCAAGAAAUCAGAAGGGAAGGUGGUGAAGGCGGAGGUAGGCGAAGUCUCUCAGCAGCACUCGAGCAGUAAGAAGGAGCGCGAACGAGAGGAGCAGGAGAUCAAUGACUCUGAAGAAGAGGGAGAUCUCCUGGAGGACGAGGCAAAGAGUAUUGGAGAGAAUGAGGAAGAGGAUGGAGAAGAAGAGGAAGAGGGAGAACACGAGGAAGGCGAGGAUGACGGCGACAGUGUAAACGGCGACGACCCAUAGAAACCUGUUUAUUUUUUUUGCUUUUGUGUUCCACCCCACCCCCCUCUCUCACACCCACUUCAGUAUGCAGAGUGAAGAAACAUCAAAGUCUGUACUUAUUUAAAAAAAAAAAAAAAAGGAAAAAUGGUCAAGACAAAGAAUGUAGAUGACAACACCACCCCAACCCCCACACACCCACCCACACACACACACUCGCGCGUGUACACAUGCUUUUCUUGUGAAGCAUUUUUUAAAGUCUGGUCUGUCCCGAAUAAACAAUCAGUGCUUUGUUGCUGUAACCCUUUUAAAAUUAUGUUGUUUUAAACACUUUAUUCCCCUCAAUGUGCCAUUUUUCUAAAGUCUGUCAUCCCCUAUUAGACCCCCACCUGGUGUCAUUUUUCUUCAGACUUCCUACAAAAUGAUUAAUAUCGACUCCAUUAUUUUGUUUGUUUUUCAUCUCCUGUUUGUCUGUCCUUUUAUAUCAGUCUUGUUCAAGAUAAAAUCACUGUAUGAGUUUCAAUAAAAUGGUUAAAAUAUG